UUUUUUUAACGUCUUUCUUAAACGUAAUUCCUCCCCAUCUCCACAAAAAAAUGCCUCCUAAAAAGAAUUCAACUGUUGUCGAUGAGAAAGCCUCCUCCAGCAAUGCGCCGGUGCUCAAAAAAAUGGGUCCUGUAACUGUACGCAAGAUGUCAGCGCAUCCUCCAACACUCAUCAUGGUGAGGGAGGCGCUCAUAGAACUGGACUCCAGAAAGGGGGUCUCGUUGCAGGCCAUCCAGAACUUUAUCAAGCGCAACUACCCGUCUGUGGAUCACGUACGGGUCAAGCACUUUGUCCGCAGAGCCAUCAAAAAAGGCCUGGAAACGGGCAUCUUGGUGAGGCCAGCCCACGCCACUGUCGCCGUAGGCGUCAUGGGCAGAUUUCGGCUUGCACCAAAGACCAAAGAAUCCAAACCCAAAGCCCCCAAAGUGAAAGAGAACGUGGAUCCCAAUGUGCAGAAAGCAGCAAAGGAGGAAACCAAGAAGAUAAAAACUGAUAAUGGUGCCACAAAGAAAGCUGCUGCAAAUAAACCAAAGAAAGAGGAGUCAAAGGUUCCCAAAAGGUCAAAGAAAGAUGAGGUGCUCCCCGCCACCAAGGUGGUGCCCGCCAAGAAGCCCAAAGCUAAAAAAGCUGCAGACAAGGAAGAGGAUGAAGAGGCUGCAUCUUCUGUGAAGGCCAAGGCGAAGCCUAAGGAGGCCAAGCUGAAGGAGCCUAAGGAGGCCAAGCCUAAGAAGGUGAAAGAGGCCAAGGCAGCAAAGGGUAAAGCUGCCAAAGGGUCCAAGGAUCCUGCACCAAAAGCCCCCGCUAAAGGAGGAAGGAAAAAGAAUACGGAGUGAAUAUUUUUUUCUUAAACUACUGUAC